GGCCCAAGACUGCGGACCUCCACGACAGCUGCUGUUCUCCGCUGUGUGAUAGUGUUCUUGUGAUUGUGUUCGGUGUGCUUCCAUCCUGUUCUUCCAUCGCCAUGAUGGAACGCUCCCUCAAGGCCAUCACACCCCCGCCGGAGUCGCGUCGCAGCGCCCCGUCUCCGCUGUCGCAGAUUGACACACAUCUGUCGCCGACGCCGACGACGCCGACGACAGGAGCGCCGCCGUGUCGCUCCUCCCGCGUCUACACCAUCGAGGACAUACUCGGGCGGCCGCAAGAACCGCAGGCGCCGCAGGUCAACGCCGCAGACACUAAUGCCGCAGAGUCUGGCAUGAGUGUUGGCAGUCCUGAGGUGUCCCCAGGAGGAGAGGGCGACUCCGCCACCUCCCCCGAGUGUCCUGAUCAACACACUGAUCCCUUCGACCCUGACAAACCCCGUAAGCUGACGAGUACUGGUGCCCCUCGCCCGCAGGUCCGCCGCUCCCGGACCACCUUCACCACCUACCAGCUUCACCAGCUCGAGCGGGCCUUCGAGAAGACCCAGUACCCGGACGUCUUCACCAGGGAGGAACUGGCCAUGAGACUAGACUUGUCCGAGGCUCGCGUCCAGGUGUGGUUCCAGAACCGGCGAGCCAAGUGGAGGAAGAGAGAGAAGGCUUUGGGGCGUGAGAGCCCCUCCUUCAUGGGCGUCGACCAUCCCCUGGGCGGCAUGCCCGACCUGCCCCUGCCCCUGGGGCCGCCCCCGCACUCCGUCGCCGCCGCCGCCUCCGCCGCCGACCUCCUCCAUCUCCACGCCCUCCACGCCCUCCAUCUCCACCCAUUCCUCCACCCGUCCCACGCCCCGGGGCUCCACCACAAGGCGGCGGGGCACCCACCACCGCCGCUACACGCCCUUCUCCACCACUAUAUGCUGCCGCCGGGGCUGCCGCUGCUCCAUCCUGCCGCAGGCGUCGCCCAGGGCCUCCACCUCCCUAUGAUGACCUCCUCCAACAGCCCCGACGCCUCCCCCACCCACUCCCCGCCCAUUACCACCAUCGCAACCACCGCCACGCCCACUACCACGCCCUCUGGAGCCCCAGGUUCACCUGGCCUGCCGCUGGACUGCCGCGGCGCCUCCGUCGACCUCCUGCGGCUGAAGGCGCGCCAACAUCAGGCUCUAUUAGAGCGCUUGUCACCCCCUACAUCCGGAGUACACGCCUCCUCCUGAACACCCACGCCACGCUGCACGCCGUCGUGGGCGCGCCCCUGCAGUAUUUACUUCUGGAGGAGUUCAUAGGUCGUCUCUGACGUUAGCUUCGGCCCUGAAGAUGUGCGCGCGCAACCUGUCGCAGGUUGUGUAGCGUUGAUCAUGUCACCGGUGAUGCUCCCAGCAGCAGGAAGAGCUGUAGCACCGCCUCCACCCUGGCAGGAGACGCGCCAACCGCAGGGGUCACUGCUGUAGAUGAAUAUAGUUGGGUCUCCAUCCUCAGUGGCGGCGCCAGCGAGGCGAGGGCCAGGGGCCAUAGUGCCAAGGAGGGCCAUGACGGCCUCUGUGUCAUCGCGGUGAUUGGACCCUAAUUAAUAGCAGGACCCCGAACCAUAGUUACACUGGUUAAACAAGCAGCAUGUCGUUGUAAACGACUGGAGUGUGAGGGAGGGGUUCAGGCGGACGACAGCCCAACCUCUAUCUGAUGGGUCAAAUCACCUUCUGAUGUACACUAGAAGCAACCUUUCCCCCCUGCUCUAAUCAGUGUAACGCAGACGUGGCAGAGUUUCCCUCCUGACGCAGACGUCCUUCGUUCCCUGGUGACGUAGACGACACUCUCUCCUGACGCAGAUGUCCUCACACUGACGCACUCGUCCCCCCUAAAGUGGCUCUCUCUCACGCCAGUUCAAGUGUCUCUUCCGGGCCUUUGGGAGAGGACGGCGGCAAGCUCUUUAAUUACCUCUUUAUCAACCUAUCAUUUUGUCAGAUCAGUUGGCAGCCUGCAUUCGCCUGACGAUCCUCCACUGUCCGUCCUCGCCAGCGGCAGUUUGGGGCUCUUGCCCUUCCUGAAUAAGAGUCAUUCGCUUCUCUUCUAUUCAGUGUGGGUUUGGAUCCCUUUCCCCAAACUCAGAUUCUUUAUUGACAACUAUUCAGCCAAUCUGGCCAAUUUGUCAAUAGAUUAACGAUUUUGAGCCUUGGAUGAGAGGAGCGGGGAGGCCAACUUUGCGUUCAGGGGAUGGUUGAUUUUUGUCCUUAAUACUACACGACCCAGAGCCCAAAUUGGUCAUUUAAACAACGUUUAUUGACACUAGCCAGCAAACCCAGCUAAUUUAUGAGGCUCAGGGGACACUGAUGCUAAUUAAUUAAGGCGGUAAGGUCGUAAUUGACGUGGCGGGAGUGGCCGAGAAUAUUAGGGCCUGGUUUAUUUGCUCACUCUCGACAACACACACUCACAGUCACGCUAAGUUUCGGGCCCCUGCGAUUUAUUUCUGGCCUGUGUGUGUGUGUGUGUGUGUGUGUGUGUGUGUGUGUGUGUGUGUGUGUGUGUGUGUGUGUGUGUGUGUGUGUGUGUGUGUGUGUGUGUGUACCCGCCCGGGGGAGCGUCUCUCUGUCCCUUGGUCAUAGUGUUCAUUAUUCUCAUGACAGCAAGAGUAGCAAGCUGGAAGUUUUUAGAUCUUGAUCACUGAAGUGAACAAUUAUAGCAGUGAACAGUGUACACUGAACUACUAAAGGAAAAUACUGUACAUUCUGGUGGUGUAUACUGGAGGCUCCUGGGUUAAGGAGAGACCUUCGUGUUACUGCCAGUUUACGUAACGAAAUGAAACCUUUUUAACUUUUCUGGUUAAAAGUGUAAGUGAGGUGAGAGCGGGUUGGUGUGUUGAAGUCGGCGGUGGGCAGCCAAUUGACCGAGACUCCGUCAACAGCCGCAGUGUUUGGCUUCCUGCUGGACUACCUCCUCCUCUUUCCGGCUCCCUUUCUGCUUCUGUCUGCUUCUCUCUCUCCCGCCUGCCUCUUAUUGGCUCCUGAUGCGCCCUGCUUCCUGCUGAACCCUCCUCUCCGUUGCUGCCUCUUACUGUCUGUUGAUGCUGCUGCUGCUUCUUGCCUUCAGCAAGGCAGAGGGAUGCCUCCUGUUACCACCUUGUGCCAAUGUAUUCUCUGGCGACUCAUUCUCUGGCGACUCAUUCUCUGGCGACUCACUCUCUGGCGACUCACUCUCUGGCGACUCACUCUCUGGCGACUCACUCUCUGGCGACUCACUCUCUGGCGACUCACUCUCUGGCGACUCAUUCCCUGACACACCACUGGCGGUGUAUUUCGUGUUGCAGACUCUUCCACUCCUCUCCCUUGAAGCCUCGGUCACAACAACUCUCUCUCAACACUCUUCCGCUCUUUACAGUGUUGUGGUGUGAGGUUAGGUCCCGCGGGUCACAGUCGAUGUCUCCUGUCGUGUCGUGAUCUUGAUGCAACUGUCCGGCGCGGCAUUGGCUGUCCAGUUAUCUCCUGUAAAUAGAUUAUUAAGUUAUUAGCUUUUCCCAUGUGAACAAUAAAUAAUCAGCUGUUCCAUGUAAACAAAUAACUGGUCAGCUGUUCCAUGUAAACAAACAAGUGAUCAUCUGUUGCUUCAAAAGUAAACAUCUGAUCAACUUUACUAUUUAACCAAAUCAUCAGCUGUUGAAUGAAUACACACAACUUCAUUCACAAUAUUUAACAACAUGAACCCACAUGAUGUCAUCCAUAAUUGUCUUCAUCACAUUCUCUCUCUCCUUGGACGACUGAAACCCACAUGAACUAUAGUUGCAUCAGAUCAAGACACAAUCUAGGUUCAUUUUUCUCCCGUAGAAACCCACUCCACCUUGAA